GUCCUGGCCAGAGACUGGUAGGGGUGACACCAGGUUAGUAGAUGAGCUGAAUGCUGGCCCAGCCCCACCUCUGGGGACCCAGCUGAUGUCAUCAGAGCGAGCCUGGGGAACAAGGCGGGGCUGAGCUGGGAGCAUCUCCUUGCCUCCCGGAUUCAGCUUGGUUAGCUGGAGCCCCUCUAGUUCUGACUUGGAGGAUGCCCUCCCAACAGACCACAGACCACUCUCCUGCCCAGGGCAGCCCAACCCUGAGGGAGAUGGAACCCAAGGACCAGCAGCUCAUGGUGGCGCUUCGGAUCCGCCCACUCAACAGUACAGAACUGGAGGAAGGAGCCACUGUCAUCGCCCACAAAGUGGGGGACCAGGUGGUUGUGCUCAUGGACCCAGGCGAAGACCCGGAGGACACUCUGCGAGCACAUCGGUCUCGGGAGCGGACCUUUAUAUUUGACACCGUGUUCGACCAGCAUGCAUCUCAGGAAACUGUAUACUGUGCCACCAUCCAGCAUUUAGUGGAAGGCGUCAUCUCUGGAUACAACACGACCAUUUUUGCCUAUGGCCCCUCAGGUGCUGGGAAGACUCACACCAUGCUGGGCGUGGAUGCGGAGCCUGGCAUCUACCUGCAGACCCUCACCGACCUCUUCCAGGCCAUCGAGGAGACCCAGGACAACAUGGAGUAUAGUGUGUCUAUGUCUUACCUGGAGAUCUAUAACGAAGUGAUCCGUGACCUCCUAAAUCCAUCCUCUGGGUUUCUGGAGCUGAGAGAAGAUUCUAGAGGCAGCAUCCAGAUCGCAGGCAUCACGGAAGUAUCCACCUCAAAUGCUCAAGAGAUCAUGCAGCUGCUCACCAAAGGCAACCGGCAGCGCACGCAGGAGCCCACAGCUACCAACAAGACCUCAUCCCGCUCCCACGCAGUGCUGCAGGUCACUGUGCACCAGAGAAGCCGAGGCGGAGACCUGGCAGAGGAGGUGCGCCUCGGAAGGCUCUUCAUGGUGGACCUGGCAGGCUCAGAGCGCGCAGCCCAGACCCAGAACCGGGGCAAGAGGAUGAAGGAGGGUGCGCACAUCAACCGCUCACUGCUGGCCCUGGGCAACUGCAUCAACGCACUCAGCGAGAAGGGUGGAAGCCGCGCUCAAUAUGUGAACUUCCGGGACAGCAAGCUCACGCGCCUGCUGAAGGAUGCCCUGGGAGGCAACAGCCGCACAGUGAUGAUCGCCCACAUCAGCCCGGCCAGCACCAGCUUUGAGGAGUCCAGAACCACGCUGCUGUACGCCUACAGGGCGAAGAACAUCAAGACGAGGGUCAAGCGCAACCUGCUGAACGUCUCCUACCGCAUCGCACAGUACACUGAUGUCAUUUCUGACCUGCGCAGGGAAAUUGGGCACCUCAAGUCAAAGAUUGAGAAGCAGGAUAAGGAGAAGAAAAGUGACCCUGGUGUCCUGGAUAUCCAAGUCACAAUCCCCCAUGAUGCAGAGGAGGACAGUCGCCUACAGAUGAACAGGAUCCGGGCACAGCUUAUCGGGGCUUUCAAGGAGCAGAUGGAGAUGCGGCGCAGCCUGGUGGAGCUGGAGAAUACCAACAUUGAGCUGCACAUAGACAUGUCUCGCCACCUACUGACCAUUGCAGACUGGGAGCGGGAGAAGACCCACCAGCACGUGGACGUGGACAGUGGUGAGAGGGACAAGGAGCCUGUGGAUGCUGAUGGAGAGGAAGUCGGGGCUUCUGAGCCCCCGGAGGUAGCUCUGGCCAGAGAGGAGGUGAACUUGCUCUUGGCUGAACAGCAGAAAACAGCAGCCCUCAAGGCUGGGCUAGAGCAGCGCCUGGCCCAUGCUAAGCAGAAGGCCUCACAGAUGGAAAAGCUGCUACCCAGGCAGGUGACCAGUGAGGAACAGCGGGAGGUCCUGCAGCUGCUGUGCAGGGCUCACGAGCUGGAGGUGGAGAACACGGAGCUUCAAGCUGACAACCUAUUCCGCAAGAACUUGCUGUGCCAGAAGGACUUCGUGAUCCAGCGCUAUCACCAGCACCGGCUGCUGUGUGAACAGGUCAUCCAGGGGCAGCGGCAGCUGAUGCAGGACAAUGGCAUCUCAGCCCCGGAGCCUCUGGAGCAGCAGUACCGACUCUACUCCCGGGAGCUGGGCGAGGGCACGUUGGACCGACUGCUGCUGCAGCUCUCAGUGAUGUCCAGCUCACUCCAAGAUGGCCCCAUUAUGAACGUGUCACCCCCACCGACUGAGGAGAGCAGCGGAGAGCCUCUGGGUGACAGAAGAGAUCUCCCGUGGGGUGCCACGUUUGAGCUGCCUCAGAUGCUUCUAGAGAGAGACAGUGAUGGGAACAGGUCCUCAAAAAGCACUCCCUUGCGGAGGCUUGGAAAGCAAGACUCUCUUCUCCCUCCGCCAGCCCUCCGCAUCUUGCUGACACCCCCUAUGCUUGAGAAACCAAAUGCCCCAGGCGCCAAGAGCCUGAUCUCUAGGCUGCAGCCCACGGCUGCCUUGGAGCUGAGGACCCAACAGCCAGCAGGAGAGAUGAGCCCUCUGCUGAGUGCACAGGCCCUCAAGGAGAUGGCCCUGGGUACCAAGAGCAUCGCUCUCAUAGCAGCCAGCCGGCGCUGCAAGGUGUACGACAGGGAGGGCGGCUGUCUGGACUCCAGGGACCCCAGCCCUGCAGACUGGAGGUGGCCUCAUGCCAGCCCCAGCAGGGACCGCUCUCUGGACAGGAAGGCAGGGAGGAAGCGGUCACCCUCGUUCACCUGGAGUCUGCAACAAACGCUAGAGAAACAUCAGCCAUCUGUGGACCAUCCCUCUGAGAGCCAGCUGUCCCCGGCACUCCUCCAGCCACCAAAGCCGGCAGGGAAGGGCCUCUUCCCUGCUGUCCCUGUGGCCUCCAAGACGAAACCCAGCCUCAGUGCUCACACGGAUGAAAACACGCUCCAAGUGCCAGAGGUCAGCUUCACCUUCCCCAGCGCCAUGUGGCAGAGCAACGCAGCAGCCCCAAGCCGGCCUCCCCUCCUGCCCCGUGACAUCCGAGGGUCUACAGACAGCAGAGGCCGGCGACAAAGCCCACUGCCCCCCAACAAUCCCUCCAAGCUCCAGGGUGGCAGUGCCAAGAGGCCAAGGCGUCCGAAGUAGAUGGCAGCAGAAGACAGCCACCUGGAAGACUGAGAGUCCAGUGAACCCCAACACCCGAUGAGAGAUGGAGAAGUCACCUCACAUGGCUGAGGACCUGUCCAAGACUCCAUAUUGGGCCUUUCCUGGGUCAUUACGGUUGCUGAGGAUGCUCCUGGGAUGGCUCCACAUCUCUGGAUUCCGAUGAUUGACAGCCCAUGGCUCACACUCCAGUUGUAGAGGUCCCUGAGGUCUGAGCAGCCUCAGAAAGGGUGGGAGAACGUGUCCCCAUUGCCACUAACCUCUGAACAGUCUGCAAGUGGUCAUCUGGGGAAGCCAGCACUGGGGGAGGCACGAUUGCUCUUUUCCCCGAUAUCCGUCUCCCCCUACAAGCUUCUACAAGCUUCCCAAGCCCCCAGCCAUGCUGAUGAGAGGCGGGAGGAACCAGCCAGACCAGUGAGAAAUGUGUGCUUGGCUUUCACUGGGACCUACAUGGGGAGGACUCAGGGACUUAGUAAUUUGGGUUUAUUUAUUUAUUUAUUUGUUUAUUUAUUUAUUUGACACAGGGUCUCAUGUAGCUCAGGCUGGCCUUGAACUUGCAAUGGAGCUGAGGAUGACCUUAAACUCUUAAUCCUACUACCUUCCUCUCUUAACUUCUGAGAUUAUAGGCACGGGCCACCACACCUGUCAUGUGGUGCUGGGGAUGGAAGUCAGGGCCUGAGGCAUGCUAGGCCAGCACCCUAACACCUGCCACAUUCCCAAGGCCCUUUGUCCCUUCUUUUCCUGUUUCCUCAAGACAGGGUCUCUCUGUGUAGCUCUGGCUGUCCUGAAACUCACUGUAUAGAUCAGGCUGGCCUCGAAUUUACAGAGAUCUGCUUGCCCCUGCCUCCUGAGUGCUGGGAUUAAAGGCGUGCCCUACUACCACCAGGGUUUUUCUUCUUUUUUUUUUUAAACUGAGGGGUGUGGGGAAAGAGGACACAAAAUUGAGUUCUGUGUUCAGCACAACAUUGCCUUGUCUGUUUUUUGUGUUUGAUUUCUGGGAUAGGGGUAUGAGGGGUAAGGACUGGGGGCAGGUAAGGACAAGCUGAACAAGGCACUGAGUAGUUUUCCUCCAUGGCUCCUGCCUCAGCUCCUGCUUGAGUUCCUGCCCUGGCUUCCUUCAGCGACGGACUGACAGUGAGAAGCUGAAAUAAACUGUCUCCUCUCUAA